CCGAGGAGAGGGCGAGGGAGCGGGAAGGGGAACGGUGCCGGCCGCGGCGCAUGAUGUGGGUGCCGCUGCUGGCGUGCCUCACCGCGGGGAUCGUCUCCGUGCCCAAGUGCCACCGCGGCCCCGGAGCCCUCCUGGGGGCGGCCCGGCUGCUGGCGGCCGUGCCGCUGGCGGCCGUGCCGGGACUCUGCCAGCGCCCGGAAAACAGAUGUGCCACUUCAAAUGCAGUAACAUGCACAAAAUGUCUUGCUUUGGGUCCAGAGUGUGGAUGGUGUGCUCAAGAGGAUUUCAUGGCCGACGCAGCACAGAAGGGACGCUGUGACACUGUUUUCAACUUAAUGAAAAGAGGCUGCCAAUCAGAUUUUGUAGAAAACCCCAGAGUUCAUGUCACAAUACCCAGUGACCGUGAAACAAAUACACAAGUGACACCAGGAAAAGUUUUAGUCCAACUGCGUCCAGGCAGUGAAGCAAACUUUAUGUUAAAAGUUCAUCCUCUAGAGAAAUACCCUGUGGAUCUUUAUUACUUAGUUGAUGUUUCAGCCUCUAUGCACAACAAUAUAGAAAAACUAAAUUCCGUUGGAUUUGCUUUAUCUAAAAAGAUGACGAAUAUUUCUCUCGAUUUUCGACUUGGAUUUGGAUCCUAUGUGGAUAAAACUGUGUCACCCUAUAUUAGCAUUCAUCCAGGUAGAAUCCAUAACCAAUGCAGUGAUUAUAAUUUAGAUUGUAUGCCUCCUCAUGGUUAUAUUCACGUGCUAUCCCUCACUGACAAUAUAGCAGAAUUCAGAAAUGCAGUGAAUAAACAAAAGAUUUCUGGGAAUAUUGACACACCUGAAGGGGGUUUUGAUGCAAUGCUCCAAGCAGCUGUGUGCCAGAGCCAUAUUGGAUGGCGUAAAGAAGCAAAGCGACUGCUUCUUGUAAUGACAGAUCAAACUUCUCAUCUGGCCCUUGACAGUAAAUUAGCAGGGAUUGUAAUUCCCCAUGAUGGAAACUGUCAUUUGAAAGAUAAUGUGUACAUCAAAGCUACGAGUAUGGAGCAUCCAUCUCUUGGGCAGCUCUCUGAAAAAUUGAUUGACAAUAACAUCAAUGUUAUUUUUGCAGUUCAAGGAAGCCAGUUUCAUUGGUAUAAAGAUCUGUUACCUCUGUUGCCUGGUACUGUUGCAAGACAGAUAGAAUCACAAGCAGCAAAUCUUAAUGAUUUGGUGGUAGAAGCCUAUCAGAAACUAAUCUCUGAAGUGAAAAUUCAAGUGGAUAACCAGAUCCAAGGUCUUCAUUUCAAUAUCACUGCAAUCUGUCCUGAUGGAAGUAAAAAAACUGGCAUGGAAGGAUGCAAAAAUGUGGGAUACAAUGAAGAAGUACUUUUCAAUGUAUCAGUUACAAUGAAAGGAUGUGACACAACUGGAGGAAGAAAAUAUGCAAUUCUUAAGCCUAUUGGUUUCAAUGAAACCACCAUCGUUAAUGUGCAGAAAAGUUGUACCUAUCAGUAUGGAGACAGUACAAGGCACAAAAGAGUAUGGGCUGAUGAAACAACUUCUGAUGGCAAGCAGUCCCAUUGCAGUGAUGAUAACUGUAGCUCCAACAGAGUUACUGUUCCUUCUGAGAGGUGCAGGCAACAUCAGGACCAGCCCCUCUGCAGUGGUCAAGGCAAUUGCAUAGAUGGAAAAUGUUUCUGCUACAAAAACAAACUGGGCAAGGUGUAUGGCAAGUACUGUGAAAUGGAUGAUUUUUCCUGCCCAUAUCACCAGGGAAGCUUAUGUUCUGGUAAUGGUGAAUGUGAAGCUGGUAAAUGCAAAUGCUUUGCUGGCUGGGAAGGUGACCACUGCCAGUGCUCAUUACAAUCAGCAAAGCACUGCUUGAAUUCAAAGGGCCAGAUUUGCAGUGGAAGAGGAAAAUGCAUAUGUGGAAAGUGUGAGUGCACAGACCCAAGAAGCUUUGGACGUUUGUGUGAAUAUUGCCCUACUUGUAACAAAGCCUGUGAAGAAAACUGGAAUUGUAUUGAGUGUCAUCAUUCUAACAAUGCAUCUCAAGCUAUACUUGACCAGUGCACAACCUCAUGUGCUUACCUGCUGCAUUACCAGACUUCAGAAUGUUUCUCUGGACGAAGCUACUUUAGAGUCUUUUCCAUAAUCUUUAUAGUUACCUUUCUGAUUGGGUUGCUUGUUGUCCUUAUCAUCAGGCAGAUAAUUCUUCAGGGGAGUAGCAAUAAAGUUAAAUCUUCAGCUGAUUACAGAGUAUCUACAACAAAGAAGGAUAAGAUGUUUUUGCCUACUGUUUGUACAAGAACAGUAACAUACAGACGUGACAAACCAGAGGAAAUAAAUAUCGACAUCAGCAAGUUACGGUUAAGCGAAACUUUCAAGUGUGAAUUCUGAAGACAGUGUGUUUUCUACAGAUGUCUAUUUCCAUCCUGCUCGACUGUUGUUACUUUUUGUAUUCCCUGGGAGUCUUGACUGUUGCCUUAUGGGUUUGUGUCGUCCUGCAUUUUGUCAAAUACUGUAACAAAGUGACAUGUAAGCAUUUUCACAGAAUGUGACAAUGUUUGAAACUAUAGCUGCUGUAUUUUUUUAUUUUUGAAAGAGAAACGUGCGUUACUACUGUUCAGGAACAUUAGUGUUGAUAUAGCACUUUAGCAUAUUCUAAAUUAUUUAGUUAUGGCCUAGAAUGUAGAUAUGAACCAGUCUGACAAAGCACUGAUCUCACUCUACAUGUAGCUAGUACUGAUGUGCUCUGUGAGAAUGGACAAAAGCUGUGACUGAAAUAUUAACGUUGCUGUAUAUUAUAGCAAUAGAUAGAACUAUUCAAAUGCUCUUAAAUAGAGUAAAUGGUACUUUUAUAGUUCUUUCAACUGACUAAAUUCCACUGAUUUGUCUGCUUCAGCCUCUUAGCUUCUCCUCAUUACGUAAUAAAAAUGACUGGAUUAAAUGAGUGCUCAGUUGCUGGUGUGGAUGUAUAGUUGUGUGUGUAUACACACACACGCGUGCACGCACAUAGAUAAAUUUAACUGUAUAGUUUUUUAUACAUUGUUAUGUCACUUAAAGUUAAUUUAUACCUGGUGAAGAGUAAUUUUUAGCUUUUUUACUUUUACUUAAAUUUAUAUAUGACUUAGCGUAUUUGGAAAUUGAGUGGCUACAGAAAACAAGAGAGUCCAACAGCAUAGUCUACAUUAUGAUCACUGCCAGCUGACUUCACCUUUGGAGUCAGCAGCAUCAACUCCAAUGCAAGCAGAUAAAUUGCAGCAGAGCCAUCUUUGGGUUGCUAGCUACAUGUCAGUGUUUUGCCAAAUAAGGGCUUUGCUCUUUUUGUAUGAUGUCAGAUAUAAGUCUGAUUUUUCACAUGUACUUUUUUUUCCUUUGUAAGUUAGAUUACAGGCUUAGAUUUCAUUAAUUUUUAUGUAAACACUUCAGAUUUUAUGACUGAGCAUUGAAAAAUAUGCCCAGUGUGAUGUGCAAAAAAGAGCCUGCAGUUAGGGAGAAGGUGAGGAAAAUAGGAGUCAUCUUCUCAAGGGAACUUGUUCAUUGACUUCAUAAAUGUGGAAUCAAAUUCUGCGUUCAGAAAUGGGCAAAGCUCUUAUAAAUACAAUGGGACCAAUAUUAGCUUAUCUGAGAGCAGAAUUUGAACUACAAGGUCAAGCAGAAGCAUUUUCUUACCCCUGAGCCCAGCUAUAGUGGCAGAAGUUGUGUUAUUCUUAUCUGCUAGUUGGAAGACUCAGACAACAGUCUGAUUUACUAACUUUAUGCUGCAGAAGCCUUAUGAAAAUCUGAUCAACCUCUAAUGCACUAAAGUAUUGAUGUUAACAAAAAUCACCUUAGAAGAGAAUAUGCAGUGCAUGAUUUUAGCAACAUUAAUUAUUGAUAACUAAAUAUUGGUCUGUACUGGUCAUAGGUUACAGAACAAAGCAGGACCUCUUUAUGUGCAGUUUUAGAAAUUAAUAUAUAUUUAUAUUUCCUAAUUUGUAUUUCUUCUGCAAAUUCCCACUGAAAUCUGAGGAAUACACAUGUGAAAGGAAGGCAGGAUGCAAAACAAAUGAUGAGUGCUACAGGAGUGUUGGACUCACCCAAUUAAUUUGUUGAGUCAUGUUUCAAGUGAAGGACUGAGAAAAAGAAAACAUAGACAGUGGGCUUUCCAUUAAAUUGUGAUAAAAGCUUAAGAAUUUAGGGCUCGGUAUAAAUAAAUAAAUAAAUUAAAAUAUUAACUGUAGUAUUAAAUAUUUCUAUAAUAGUCAUCUAAAGUAGCCCUUGAGCUCUCUACCAUACAGGUAAAUGUGACUCAUUUAAAGAAAAGGGGGUUUCCUCACACUGCCCUUGGUUUUGCUGAUAGCUCCAUUGUAAUAUCUUAAGUAUAGAUUAGUUCUAUAAUCUAUCAAGUAGGCCUUAAACUUUCAUUUUCUUUUUAAACGCAUAGAGCCAUUUUCCUCUUAGGUAAAUGAACAGAUUCCAAACUAUUGCUCUAAUUGGGAGGAAGAGAGAAGUUCCAUACAAGUUCGCCUGAGGUUGGUCUUGUCACAACUCACUCAUAUUUUUAAAUGAGUAGGAGAAAGUCUCUGGGUAUCUGUUUCACAUAACAAAACAAAUUUGACAGCUCAGCAGAGAAUAUCUGAAUGAUAACAAAAGGUGUAAUUAUACUCUUUAAACAGCAUGAUUUAUCAUAUUCAGGUUUUUUUUAGCAAAUGAAUUUCUGCAAAUUUAAUUCUCAUAAUGGCCCUGAAAGCAUUUACUGAAGUGGUAGCUAAUGUUUUUUCCUUAGAAAUCACUUUUCACAGUUAGAGGGAGUUAAAUUGUUUUGUUAGAGGACAAUGGAGCUGGGUUCUUUGUAGGAGAAAAAUAUGAGCUGCAACACCCAUCUUCCAGGCACACCACACUUUUCCUUCUGUAGCACUUAGUUGGCAUUGGAAUGCUGCCUGUGAAGGGGCACAGACAGUAUUUUCUUAUCAGAUACCUGCCUGAAUAGCUAAUAUGCUCUGAUCAAAUAGAGCUAACUCACAGGACAAUGGCACUGUAAGCUGCUUUCUGUCAUGAGGUUAAAAGAAAAAAAAAACAUAUUAAAAAUGUGUUUAAGGAAAAGGAAAAAAAAACAAAAACAGAAAGAAAAAAAGAUUUUUUGCAUCUCCCUCAUGAUUGUGCUAUGUUGUAGAGGAGGCUAGUGAAAAAGAAUAAGCUGCUGCUAAUGUGACAGGUCAAGGCUUUUAGAGGGCCCGUGGGGAGCUUAUACAGAGCAGAAUCCUUGGGAGAAGGCUUUGUUUCUAAGGAUGGAAUCCAUCCAUGAGAAACUCUGGCUUUGCUUGGUACUUGUUUCCCUCUGCCUUUGACCAUGUUUUUCAGAAGAGCUGCUGCUGGAGAUGAAUAGCCCAACAAAAGCCUCACUAUUUAGGGAGCUGUGUUCCCUCAGCACAUGACCUUAAAUGAAAAAGCAGCCUGUAAUUCACAAGGAAUUUCCUCAGUGAUCACAGAAGGACUCUGCUUCCUAUAGUGCUUAAUGUGGGAGAUAUUAAAGACAAAAUAGUUCUUAUUAGUUUUCAAUGUAUUGUGCGUCAAAGAUGCUCGUAAAAAUGGCAGAAAAAAUAUCUAGCCUCAGAACAGAAUGUUCCAGACUUCUUAAAUAAAACAAUUUCUACUAGGCUUCCUUGAGAAAUUAAAAAAAAAAAAAAGUAAAAUAAUUUGCCUGCACCCCCAAUGCCCAUAGGCCAGCAGAUACUGUUGCAUCUCAUUAUUGGGUUUGGGAGUUCCUAGAACAGAAUAACUUAGAAACAGAGCAUGUAUGUGCUCUGUGUAUGUGACUUUUCCCAGCAGAUUUGUUGAUGUUAAAUCCAUAUGUAUAAUUUUCAAAUUCUAAUCCCACUUUUUUUUACCUUUAAUUUGUUUUUUUCUCUAGCAUUUCAUAAAUUAUAUGUUUAUGCAAUGAAAAAGCAUGCAUAUUAUUUCAGAUUUUUUUUUAAGACUAAAAUGAAGCAAUAGUAUAAAUUGAUUAUUUCCAAGCACCAUGAGUAUGUUAGUAACAUUACCACAGAAGUGUGUGGGAAAAUAGCUGUUUCAUCCAGAAAACGUGCACAUGGUAUGUGAGGAAUUUUCAUUGUGCCCAGCUGAAAUUCCCUUACAUUCACAAGGAAUGUUGAAAGUGAACCUUAAAAAGGAAGGACGUUUGUAUAGGCAUAGUUUACAUUUUAUCCAUUAUUUUCAACUGGAUUUAUUUUUUCCUCUCUAUGGUUUCAUGAAAACCUGCUAUGUAAAGUAUUCAGCAGACUGUAGAAGAAAAAAAUUAUUUUCCCAGGCUGAUCAUACAUAACACUUGUUUUCUGCUUGGUGUGCAUACCUAAAUGUACAUAUGUCUCAAACUGUGGAAGGAAAUGUGUGAAGCAGCUUGGAGCAACCCUUAGUCCUAAAGCAGCCCUAAGGCCAAGUGAUGCCCAAGGCAGAGAGAUGCACAGUACUGUUGCCUGGGCAGGGGCUGGUAGAGGGAUGGCAUCCUCAGCAAAUGCAAUGUGUCCUACAAUUCCCAGCACUGGGAAUGGUCUUACAGCAUCCCUACAGAGCUGGUCAUCUGAGACCAUGCUUCUGCAUUAGGGAGGGCAGGACGCCCCUUCAAAAUAGAUGUGUUUGGCAGAGGUAAGGCCAUUUCUGACGCACUGGCCACAAUGCUGUCCUCAGCACUGCAGGCUUUUUGCAUCCUUACUUAUCAAAAAGUGCUUGCAUGUAACAUAGCAAGAGAUCUCCUGUGCCAGUACAUACUGUAAGCCUGGAUGCUGCAGACCUCCAUUAAAGCUUCUGGACAGUCUGUGGGUGUCUGCCCAUUGACCUGCCACCAGUCCCAGGAUCCCCACCAGCCAGCUUAAAGGAAUGCAAGCUGGAGAUGGGCAAGGGCACUUCUCAGAGAGGCAUUUGUGCUGAGUCAGGGCUGGGUGACACUCAUUCUGCUCAGAUUGUGAGUGAAAUAUAGUAGCAGUGUUCUGGCUGUCCACUUGCAAGAGAGGGGGAAGAUUUAUUUGCUAAACAGAAAUGGAGCAGCAGUUAAGGAGAACACUACUUUUUUAAUGAUGAUCUUGACACUGCUCUGACGCACAAACAUCCACUGGGUCUCACAGGUACUUGAAAUUCAUGGAAAGGGGGAAGAAGGUUAAAAUUAGCCAACAUGAAAACAUUUCUACAGAGAGCCAAAUCAGUGGGGUUUCACUGAGUGCAAGCCAGAUCAGGGUGGUCUGCCUUUCUGUGGGAAUAAAAAAAACAAACAACCAAACCAAACCACACAAAAAAACCCAAACAAACAAACAAACAAACAAACAAAAAAAAACCAAAAAACCUACCAAACAAACAAAAAAACCCAAACCACAACCAAAUAAAAAAAAAAACAAAAAAAAGAAAAAGAAAAAAAACUAAAGUUGGUAGAUACUUAAACUUUAGAAAUGCUGCUCUGGAUUGCGUGUUCUCUUUGUUUCCUUUUCUGCACAUUCCUUAAAAAAAACAGGUACCUACUUAUUAAAAAAAAAAAUUAAAUGUCUGGCAUUGGUUAAAAUAGUGGCUUCUACCCAAAUCCUAGCAUUUCAUCCUGAUACAUAUUUUGGCCUGUUUCAGUUAUAUUUUGAAGGGAGAUGUUGAAAGAUGAAAGAUUCUUUUGGGAAGGCAUUAAUGUUGGAUGACUUCACUGUGCUAACAUCUUCUUCACUUUUACCUACUACUGCUUAAAAAAAUAAAGCUACUUUGAAGCGUCUUACUUAGCAAUGGUGUGACAGCAAUUAAUAAUACUACAGUUUUUAACUUUCUAUUUAACAUAUGCUACCUUUUGUAAAAAGAGUAUAUAGAGAUAAAUAAUGUUUCUCUAGAAUUUAUGCAUAGAGAAUGUUUGUAAGGGGAGAGGUUUUAAAUAAAUUUAUAACUUCUUACUGUUCAUUUUACAUUUUAAAUGAUACUUUUAAAUCACUACUUUUGUUUGUCUGGAAAUAUACUGAAUAUUUUAUUAUUUAAAAUAGUAUUCUUUUAUAGCUGUUUAUUAAUUUCAGUUGACUACUAACUUCUAUUUUGAUAUUUAUUAAUGAGUUGACACUGUAGUAUAUUCAGAUGUUUAUUUUUCUAUCAGAGCUGUAACAACUAUGACAUAGCAUUAUUUUAAUGCGACAUCAUUGUACUGGCUGUCUAAAAAAUAAAAUCAAUAUUUAAUCCA